AUGUUUCUUUUUUGGUGUCCCGGGUGCGCCGAGCCGUGGUGCGGCGCUGCCGGCGAGGACGUGGACGCGCCCUGGGGCGCGGUGCGGCACGCCGUGCUCGCCGUCCAGCUGCUCUGCAUGUUCGCCGCCGUCUCGCUCGCCUGGGUCGUCUUCCGGCAGCGCAAGUGCAAGACGAUAGCUGCCGGCAUGUGGACCAUCCUGGAAACCAUACUACUCGGAGAGUUCCUGUUGUACGCCACGGUGCCGGUGCAGCUGCUGGCGCCGUCCGUGGUGCGCUGCCUGCUGGAGGCCUGGCUGCGCGAGAUCGGCUUCGUCGUCUGCUACGGCGCCAUCAUCCUCAAGCUGUACAGGAUCCUGAUCGAGUUCCGGACGCGCAAGGCCCACCGCUGGGUGGUGCGCGACAAGGACCUGCUCAAGUACCUGUCCGGCAUGGUGGUGGUGGCGCACGGCUACAUGGCCGCCUGGACCGCCUCGACGCUCAACUUCCUGGCCGACGGGCACGAGCUGGUGGCCCGGGGGCGCACGCCCGACGGCCGACACUUCCUCACCUGCCGCGCCCUCUGGUGGGACUACGUCACCGAGGCCGGUGAGCUGCUGAUGGUGGCGUUCGGGCUGCACCUGGGCUUCGCGUCUCGCAACGCGGCGUCGCCGUACGAGGAGCGCCGCUGGCUGUGCGCAGCGCUCUGCAUCGAGCUGGUGGGCUCGGCCGCCUUCUACGCGGCGCGCGCCGCCCUCUGGAGCCAGCUGGAGCCGCGCGCCUUCCUGCUGCUCAGCCUCGCGCGCUCCCAGCUCACCGGCACCGGCUGUCUGCUCUGCGUCUUCCUGCCCAAGCUGUGGUACGAGCAGCGGCGGUCGGCGAGCCGCGGCCAGUGCCUGGCGCAGGAGCUGUCGGCGCGCCUGCCGCUCGACGCCUUCCGGCCGGUCGACGGCGUCCCCACCGACGCCGACCUGGCCGAGAUCAACCUGGCCGACAUGAACCCCGACGACAUACGGGCGGAGCUGAAGCGGCUGUACACGCAGCUGGAGAUCCUGAAGAACAAGACGAUCCGCGCCGACAACCCGCACAUCUCCAAGCGGCGCGGCGGCCGCAAGGUGGCUCACAGGCGCUUCUCCCUGCAGAAGAAGGGAAGUCGCGAGAAGGCCCUGCACCACCGCCAGCAGAGCCAGCAGCAGCAGGCGGCCGCGGCGGGCGACGCCUCCUCGGGGGCGUCGGGCGGCCAGGCGGCGUCGUCUUCGCGGCAGCCGCGCUGGAUGCCGGCGCGCCAGGACGCCACCGAGACGGAGGUGUCGCGCACGCCCGAGGACUCGGUCUGCAGCAACGAGGGACCCAGCGCCGUCUACGCAGAGCUCGACCGCGACCUCCGGCCCUGA